AUGUCAUUGCAAGCUAUUCCAUUGAAUGAUGCUCCCUUUGGUGCAAUUAUCAAAUUGCCUGAAAAUGUUAGCGAUCCCUCUAAAUUAAGUGAAGAGGAUUUCAAAUUGCUUGAGAACGCUUUGCACACUUAUUUGGUCAUUGUUAUUCCUGAUCAACAAAAGUUAUCACCCAAAUCUCAGUUCGAGUUAACAACAAUGUUUGAUGAUACUUGUUCCAAAACAAGCAACAAUUACGGUCAUGGUAAAACAUUCAGACAUGAAAAUUCAGUUUUGAGAAAAGAUGGUACAACUAUUCCAAAUCAACCGCAAGUUCAGGUCAUUGGUAAUGGUUAUUGGAAAAAUCAUUAUGGCUUAGAUGAUUUCAAAUUGACCCAACCUUCUCAUAAGACCUUUCAUAAAGACACUUUAUCAGAUGAUGAGUUAACAAAUAAACAAACCAGAUUUUACAGAUGGCAUAUUGACUCAGCUUUAUACGAAUUAUCUCCUCCAAAAUGCACCACUUUAUUGGGUAUUCAUGUUCCAAAUUCAGAUGAAAAGCAAAAGAUCGUCUAUCAUGAUUCCAAAGACGAAUUGCAAAUAACAAAAGGUGCCACUGCAUUUUUGAGUGGAAAGACUGCUUUUGAUUUAUUGUCCCCAGAAGACAAGGAAUUUGCAUUAAAUUCAACUGUCGUAUAUGCUCCUCAUCCUUACAUUUUCAUUUCAAAGGCCAAGUCUACUUCUGAUGGUAUCACAAUGGUUAGUGAAAACAAAGAAAGAUCAUUUGAUGAAUUACCUGAAUGGGAGGAAUCUAAGAUUAAAAAAUUGCCCAUGGUUUGGACAAAUCCAACAACUGGGAACCAUCAUUUGCAAUUCCAUGGAUCUUGUGCUUAUAAAAUAAUUAACAACAAAACUGGCGAAGAAAUACCAAUGGAAGAGGCAAGAAAUUUAUUGCAAAGAUUUUACAGACCUGCUAUUUCUCCUCAAAACAUUUACUGCCAUUCGUGGAACGAAGGCGAUUUGGUUAUUUUUUACAAUAGAGGUGUCUCGCAUUCAGUAACUGGAGACUUGCUACUACAAAGAAUACUACAACAGAAAAAAAGCCAGUUCAAAGUGUCUUCCUCACAAUUUGAUUCUUCAAAUUUGAUUUCAUAUCAAAGACCAAAAAGAUUAAAAAUGUCAAAUGAACUAAACAAAAGAGAUAGCUCGAUUUUGCCCUUUUUUAAUCAAAGUGGCCCAUUCACUGAUGAGCUAUUUGAACCUGAUGCUGACGACAUUUUGUCUAGAUUAUCCAGCUCUAAAAUCUUAGUGCUUGGUGCUGGCGGUUUAGGCUGCGAAAUCUUAAAAAACCUUUCAUUAUCCGGAUUUAAACAAAUUCAUAUUAUUGAUAUGGAUACAAUUGAUAUUUCCAAUCUUAAUAGACAGUUUUUAUUCAGAAAUACUGAUAUUGGCGAAUAUAAAGCUGAAACUGCUGCUAAUUUUAUUAAAAAAAGAAUCAAAAAUGUGCUGGUAACUCCACAUAAUUGUCGGAUUCAAGAUAAAAACCUUGAUUUUUAUAAACAGUUCAGUUUGAUAAUUUGUGGCUUGGACAGUAUUGAAGCAAGAAGAUGGAUAAACAAAACAGUUUUCAGCCUAAUUGAUCCAGAGGAUGAUGAAAGCAUAAUACCAAUCAUCGAUGGUGGAACCGAGGGUUUUAGAGGUCAAACUAGAUUCAUUAUCCCUACAAUGACCUCUUGUUAUGAAUGCAACUUGGAUUUGUUAGGCACAAAGAAAACAUAUCCAGUUUGUACAAUAGCAAAUACUCCAAGAAUACCAGAACAUUGUAUUGAAUGGGCAAGUUUAUUAGAAUGGCCAAAAUAUUUCCCUGAUAGGAAAUACAACACUGAUAAUCAAGACGAUAUCGAUUGGAUAUAUGAAAAAGCACUAGAAAGAUCAAAAGUAUUUAAUAUAAACAAUAUUACAAAAUCUUUAACUUUGGGUGUAAUUAAAAACAUCAUUCCUUCCAUUGCUUCAACAAAUGCUGUAGUUGCAGCCGCUUGUUGCAAUGAAGCCUUUAAAUUCAUCACUGAUUGCAAUCCCAUUUUAGAGUAUUACAUGAGUUAUUCUGGCGAUCUGGAAAUUUUUGCUCAUGUAUUCAAACCAGAACAAAAUCAAGAUUGUUCAAUCUGCGGAUCCAAAUAUGAAAGGGUCUCAGUCAAAAGAUGGUUUAAACUAAAAGAUUUAAUAACUUAUUUAAUCCAAAAACUGGAUUUGAAUUUGGAAAACCCCUCGUUAAUCUCUUCUGAUAAUAAUAAAGAUUUAUAUCUUACUUUUCCUCCUCAGCUAGAAGAAAUUACUAGAAUAAAUUUGAAUAAACCAAUUACUGAAUUAAUUGAUGAUAAUGAAUUGCUUAUUGUAACUGAUUCGAACUUGUCCAAGGCUAUGAAAUUGCAUGUUCUGUUUGAUGAUAAUUGA